AUGGAUUCUGGAGAUGAAUUGAGUGGGUAUGGUGUUGAUGAUGAAGUUUCGUAUGGUUCUUCGGGGGAAAAACGUAAAAGGCCAUAUUUUAGGCACUCUCCCGACCAAAUCCAAGUUCUUGAGACACAAAUUAAAUUUUGGUUCCAAAACAGAAGAACCCAAUUUAAGACACAACAAGAAAAAGUGGAGAACGAGACAUUGAAAGAGGAGAGUGAAAGACUGGGAACGGAGAACAGGAUGCUGAGGGAAGCAGUUGCAAAUCCAUACUGCUCCAAUUGUCUGGGAAUCGCAUUGACACCCGAGGAACAAUCCAGGCAGCAGUUUUAUCACACCAUGCUCCGUCAAAAUCUCAUCCUCCACAAUGACUACCAGCGUUUACGUGACAUGAUGGCAUUAAGGAGAGCUCCAGGAUUUGGCUUCUAA